AUAAAGAUACGAUCAUAUGCCAUGAAAACAUUACCUUCACUCCAACCGCAACUCUGUUCCACUUUCCACUGCAAUGAUUGUAGAGAUCGCGGUUGCGGUUGUUGGUGGUUUUCUAGGAUGGAUUUAUAUGCAAAUCCAGCCACCACCUCCUAGAGUUUGUGGAUCACCAGGUGGUCCUCCUAUUACCUCACCCCGAGUCCAACUUACUGAUGGAAGGCAUUUAUCUUACAAAGAGUCGGGUGUCUCCAAGGACAAGGCCAAGUAUAAGAUCAUUGUAAUUCAUGGCUUUGAUAGCUCCAAAGACAUGAAACUACCUAUUUCUCAGGAACUUAUUGAGGAGCUGCAAAUUUACAUUCUGUCAUUUGACAGAGCAGGUUACGGAGAGAGUGAUCCACAUCCAAAGCGCUCAGUUAAGAGUGAAGCAUUUGAUGUUCAAGAACUAGCCGAUAAGUUGCAAGUUGGUGCCAAGUUCUACGUGAUUGGAUUAUCAAUGGGUGCAUAUGCUGUUUGGAGUUGUCUCGCAUACAUACCACACAGGUUGUCAGGAGUUUCGCUUGUCGUUCCAUUUGUCAAUUACUGGUGGCCAUGUUUACCUGCUAAUUUGGCUAAAGAAUGCUUCGAGCUACUGCUUGUUCAAGACCGAUGGACAUUUCGUGUGGCACAUUACGCCCCGUGGCUGUUCCAGUGGUGGAUGAAUCAAAAAUUGUUUCCAUCGUUAAGCAUAAUGGCUGGAAAUAUGGAUAUAUUUUGCCAAUCAGAUUUGGAGUUCUUGAAGAAACUGCCACCAAACCCAGAUGAUACACAGGAAAAGAUACGUCAGCAAGGUGUUUACGAAUCUCUCUAUCGUGACAUAAUGGCUGGUUAUGGAAAAUGGGAGUUCGACCCUUUUGAUGUUAGUAAUCCUUGGCCAGAAAACGAUGGCGCUGCUCAUAUUUGGCAGGGGUACGAAGACAAAAUCAUACCAUAUAAACUCAACCGGUUUCUUUCUCAAAAGCUUCCUUUUGUUCAGUAUCAUGAGGUUCCUGGUAAAGGUCAUUUCUUAGCUUUCGAAAGCACUCUGUGUGAUGAAAUAUUUCGUACACUUUUGGUUGGAUGAACCAAAGUGACACGAGCGUGAGUGGAUUCAUCGUUUUUAAUUUGGUAACGUGACGCAUAUUAGCAUCCUAGACUGUGACGCAACGUUAUGAGAUUGUGAUCUGAUAACCGAAAAUAAAUUUGGUUGUUAUAUAUGCGUAAA